AUGCUGGAUCGGCAGCCUCUGGACAGCCUGGUCAAGGCUUCCGAUAGAAGGAUUCGUGAAGAUCGCAUACCAAUCCAGUCCACCGUGGAUACUGCUCGGCCUCAACGUAUUUUUGGACAACCCAAUGGAUUGUUACCUUCGAUUUCUCCUCCACCACCCCCGCCUGCUAUUUUAACUCGUUCCAUCCAACAAAAUGUGCCCACGCGUUUCUCCAGUCCAUUCUCACCCCCAGAGGACCAAAAUAACCCUGUAAAUCGUGGCAUGGGACAAGAAGGAGAAUUAGAUUCACAUGGGCCGCAUACAUCUACUUCAGGGCCACUAGACGGUGCUACGGCUUACCAACGCGUACUUCAGACGCAUUCAUCCGCCCGUCAAGUCAAUAUAAUUAGACAAAACACGCCCUUGCCGGAUUUUCAGGAAGAUUUUGAAGAAUCCGACACGGAAUCGCCGUCGCCUUCCAAGCGUCGCAUCGGUAGGGACUAUGGCCACCAAGCACCCAAGAAGAGGAUGAGAUCAGCUCUCAAUCAUAGCCAUGGCCAGAACUUGGAUGACGGUCGGUAUCUUUCCCAGGAACAACCCUCUCGACUGCACCUCAGGCAUCUCAAGCUAGUUUGCCUCAUGGUUAUUACUCGACAAGCUUGGAAGCCUACAUCGAAGCCCACCAAAGUGAAUGGAUUGCUGCGCAGAAGCGUUGGGAGACUUGUACAAUGGAAGAAUGGCAGAAUGCUCCAAAAGACUCUUACCCCUAGUCCCACGGUGACAGAGUUGACUGCGGAACUGGAGAGGGUGAUGGAUAUGGUCAAAACAUUCAUGGCGCAAGUGGUAUCUUUUGCGGCUGCACUUUAG